AUGUCCUCAGAAACUCCAAUUAUAGCUGAAACUGCAUCAGUGUGUACUGCAGAAAAGGAAGUCAUUACCUCUACAACUUCAUUAGACCAAGACUAUCAGUCUAUUUAUCUUAAUAUUAAAACACCUAGUCCAUCUCCAAAUCACCUUUAUCAAGAAAUUUCUAGUUUAUUCUCAACUUAUUCUUCAACUUAUUCACCAAUCUAUCCACAACUUCCUGGAAUAACAACUAGUCCUAUCUACUGUAAUCAAGAAGAAACAAAUUUUGAACAAACAGAAUCAAAAGAUAUAUUAGAACAAGACUUCCUUUCUGAACAAACUAAUUUAAUACCUUUAUAUAAAUUAGAUAUGCAAGUUUUACUUGCUAAAGACUAUAAAACUAUAAAAGAAGCUAUAGAAGAGCAAGAAAAUGAUAGAUACAAUAGGGAAUGGACCUCUGAGAAAAUUACUAUUCUCCUUUAUACCACAAAAUUUCUGAGCUAUCCUAAGCAAGACGAAAAACUACCUGAAGAUUUAGAAAACUUAAAAGGCUUAGAAGACUUACCAACAGAAACAGAAGCUUUGCAACAGGCUUUGCAAACUAAUACCCUUAAAUAUAACUUCGUAUAUAUUAUAGAUAUUUUAAUUCCCUAUGAGGAAUAUAUUUAG